CUCCUCUUCCCUCUCGGCUUCCUUAUCAUCUCCAAAUGAUAGCAGAGUCUCUUUCUUUCUAUCACAAACACUGCCUUAUCUCUUCUAGGGUUAGACCUUCUCUCACUCUCAAAAUUUCCCCGGAUAUUCUGUCUUGUCCCCUCAAAAAAUGACUUCAACAGCAUCAGCAACAGCAACUCAAAUUCAUGUUCUAACAGCAACUGGGUUCUCAACGAAACCCACAAAUCUUUCUCCAACAACAGUCUUCUUUGGCCAAUCACUCACCAGAACGACACACUCCUUUGGCCUUGUUGCUACAACAACAUCUACGACUUCUUCAAGGUUUCCUGUUUCUACCAGUGCAAAGGCCAAUCCAACUGGAGAACAGAAAUGGACCCACGAAGGCUCUGUCACCGAAUCACUACCUAAUGGAAUGUUUCGGGUCCUCCUAGACAAUAAAGAUUUGAUUAUUGGUUAUAUUUCUGGUAAGAUACGCAAGAAUUUUGUACGGAUUUUGCCAGGAGAUAGAGUCAAGGUUGAAGUGAGUCGUUAUGAUUCGAGCAGAGGGCGCAUUGUUUAUAGACUCCGCAAUAGAGAUCCAUCUAGUGAAUGAUUGGGCUGUGUCCUUUUCUUUUAUGCAACUCGUAGAAAACAUCUGAAUCCACAUGUUUUUUUUUUGUUUUCUGUCCAUGCUUGCAUAUGAAAUUAUUAAAUAAUAAAGUGCUUUGUAUUCUUAGGGUGUCAA